AUGGAUGAAAUUGCCAACCCAGCAGAACUACGCAAGGUUUUUAGCGACGGUCACGCAAGAAGCUCGACCAGAUGCUUUAGGUGUAAGAACAAGAGAUUAAAGUGCCGAUACGAGUUUCCAGCUUGCAACAACUGCGAAAAAGAGGGUCACGAGUGCUUUGCCUGGGUCAAAGGACUGAACAAACCGGUUCCACGAAGUUUGGCUCUGUACCUUGAAAAUAGGGUUGCCGAGCUGGAAAUCAAACUUGCAGAGUUAUCUGUGAAUCGAAUUCUGGACAAGUCUGAAGAACAGGCUUUGGCAUUUGCCAGGUACGCAGCAGCACCAUUCGUUGAUGCUUUUGAGUCUUCUGAAUGCGACAGAGGAGUUGUUAACUUUCCGUUCCUUUACUUUCGUUCAAGCAGUUUACCUGCUCCCUUCGAUUCGAUGUUGGAUAAUUCGGAGAGAGGGAACAUGAAGCGAUUUGUUGAGGAGCAUCCACCGGUGGAUCUUUACAGUAUUCCCACGGAUGUCGUACAGAUAUUGAUGCUAAAUUAUACCAGCUAUCAUCAGCCUCAGUACCCCAUUUUAUCCAGAUUGGAACUCAAACAAAUAGAGUUCAAGGUUUUCGAGUCCCGAGAUUCGGCCAGCUCGUAUGAUUACGCAGCUAUUUCAAUUGCUCUAGCGAUCUCAGCGGCUACUUUGACACACAAAGGAGAAAAGAAAAGCUUAUCGUCUUCGAGCGUUCUCUUUUCCCAAGCCAUCGUGCAACUCACUCAUACAUUCUGGGAGAGCAAAUUGAAAAAGCUUCAAAUAACCUUAUUGAUCGCCCAUUAUGCUUUUGCAAACCCAUAUGCAGCUGACAUUUGGUACGCCAUUCGAGAAUGCCUCAGACUCUGUCUUGAUCUAGGACUGCACAAGGACGUGCAAAUGGAAACAAGCACUAUGAUAGACAUUGAUCUCCGACGCAGGCUUUUUCUGGUCACCACAUCGAUGUCUCGACACCUAAGCUCAGUUCUGCGUAUUGCAUUUCCAAUACCAGACAAUCUUAUUUCAGCAGAGAAACCAGCUACAGUGGAUGAUUCUUUCAUCACGGAAAAGGGAAUCGAUCCCUCUGGUCCGCAAACAAAGGCUGCCGCUCUUCAUUUUUAUCAGUUCAGACUUUAUGAGACAGAAGUGCACGAAGUUCUUUGGCUUAAUAAGGAGCUGAAUAUUGAUGCCGAACAGUGGCUGGACAACAUGGACAGCAAAGUCGAAAAAUGGUAUUUGAAAGCAGAAGAAUUUGCCAAACUCAAUCAGCUAAGGUUCAGACUUAUUUGCAAGGCUUCCCUUCAAACUCGUCUACGUCGACGUACUCCUAGAAUCACAAACCCACCUCGUCCGUCAUAUGUGAAACUGGUAAAUUCACUAGCUUUGUUGAUAGACGAAUACCUGAGAGACUCAAGGAGCGGCCAGGUAUUCUAUCUUCUAAUGGGAGUCUACUAUAUUGAGGAAGCAGCUGUGAAUUUAGCAGAUGUUAUAUGGACGCAAAGUGACUGGAUACUAGAUUUUUUCACACCUGAUUUUCUUGAUUCUAAGUUCAAAGGAUGCAUUGAUUUGCUUCUUCGAUUCAGUGAGCGAUGGCCCGAUAUAACUCGUGGAAAGAUGAUUCAGACAUUAAAAGACAUAUAUUUCAAGGCUUCAAAACGAUUAUUUGCAAUUGCGAAGAACAGGUCAGGUUUUGAAACUUUUGAAGGGGACGAUCAGGUGUCAGCCCAAAUUGAGCAGUUACUGUUCCCCCAAAAUGAUGUCCUAGCUCCUGAAGCAAGUUUGCAUCUUCCAGGAAAUAAACCCAGUAGCGUUUUAGAUUCUAGGUCUAUGCCAGGUCUGCUCUCAAUCAACAAGCAAUCAAGUUGGACUGACAGUUUCAAUGUUGAUGGUUUAUUAAACCUGGAGGAAUAUGUUGGCUUACAGGAUUGGGUCUAG